GCUAGCCAACAAGGGGAAAAUGCACUUAGACAACAAAUUCAGCGGUGUAACGAGCAAAGAGAACAAUAUAGAAUUACUAUACAGAAUCUUACGACUGAUAAGCAAGCACUUCAACGCAAAUGUUUGCAAAUUGAACGUGAACUUUUCCAAUUGCGAGAGCGUUUUGAUGCAUUAUCGCAAAAUCGUAAUAAUGAAGCUCUAUGCGAUUCGUGUCGCAAGUACUUUCCAUGCAAUUGUAGUUCUGUAAAUAAUAUGAAUCGUAGUAACAGUAAUGCUGAUAAGCGAAUUAGACCACCAGUACCAAUGCCACGAUAUUCCAAGGAAUCACCGUCAGACCGAGAAUUACGUAAUGAAGUUGAAGGUUUAAGAGAAGAAGUGUCGACAUUACGUGAUACACUUAAUGAACAAAUUAAUCUCUUUACUGAUGAAAGGAAACGUUGGGAAGAAGAACGAAUUAAAAUUUUAAAAUUUAAUAAUUCAUCGCCAAAUCGAAAUGCUGCUUUAUUGAAUGAUUUUACACCAAAUGUGGAAGGAAUAUGUACAAGGAAAGAAGAUUUGAAAGUUUUAGCAGAUAGCAAAUCGUGCCUUGUUAGCUGUGAUCGCUUAAUCUGA